AUGUUGCGCGCCACGCCUCGCCUACUCGCCUGCCGCAUCACCUUGUUCACGCGAACGCCAUGCGGGCUCUGCGACACGGCCAAAGCAGUGGUGCACAACGUCAAGGCAAAGCGGCCGCUCGAUUUCCACGAAAUCAACGUCAUGGACCCCGGCCAAGACAAGUGGAAGAAGCUGUAUGAGUUCGAUACCCCAGUGAUCCACAUCGACGAGGCCGGUGCCUCAGAAACCACAGCGUCAUCUCUCAAGCUGAUGCAUCGCUUCAAAGAGGAAGACGUAAUGAAGCUCAUGGACGAAGCUGAACAGACUUAA